CCGAUUGUAAACCCUAUCCUUACGAAAUACCUAGGAGUCCUGUUUAGGCCUGCUGUGUUAACCCAGAUACAGGUUAUUACUUCUUAUAACCACCGUACGCAUGGGACAUGACAGCACCACAUGAAGGAGAUAAAAUCCGUCAAGCUAGCUCUUCGGCAAAUGAUACUCAAGCUCGCAUCAGUAUCGCUACAGAGGACCAUAUAGCUGCCAUAGCCCCGCCACGAGCCAAGCGGGCACAGGUUGCCCGAGCCUGCCAGAGAUGCAGAAGACUGCAGAAAGCCUGCAGCGACUCUCGCCCGUGUCGACGGUGUACCAAGGCUGGGCUUGCUGAUGAAUGCAGCGGAUACCCCGUCCAAUCCCGAAUUCUAACCCGGGCCCGGCCUACUAAAACACCAAGGCUGGCUAAGAUACCAGUAGAAGGAGGUGUAAAGCCGUUGGAUUUUGCUACGUCUUCGCCAUUUAUCAAUUUUGACCUGCCUACGAGUCCGCAAGCAUUUACUAGUUUUGCAAGGCAGUCGUUUGAGAGAAAGGUAGACCUGCUGCCACCUCGAGUAGUCGAGUACUGUUCUAAGCGCUUCUUCGAACACCUCGCCCCGACGAUCCCGAUCGUGACGCCCGAGUACGUCGCCAAUCUUAGAACGCAACUCGCCUCGGAUAGUGAGGCCUACUGCGUUCUACUUGGCUUGUGCGCUAUGGUGACGUUGCAGGUUGAGGAUCCUAGGGGUAAGUUUUUUGCGCAAUCUGCCACGGCUGAGAAUAAUGCCGCAUACGGCUGGAUGCUGCUCGAGGAGGCUCUAGCAGCCCACCGUCAUCUUACACGGAGAUCGAACCCCUCUCUAGACUCGGUUCUACUCGUAUUUUUUAUAUACGCGUGCCACGCAAGUUUAUUUCACCAUUCUCAGGCUUUCUUCUUCCUUCGCGAAGCCGCCACGCUCUUCAUCCUAAUCAAACCAGAGACACUAGACGAUCUUUCCAAGCUGCUAGCCGAGAGACUUUUCUGGGUUCUGCUCAUUUCCGAGAGAUCUCAUGCGAUCCGUUACCGGCGCCCUUCUACGCUUCAAGUAACUACCAACGGCUUCGGCUUAUCAUUCUCUAGGGAUCGUGAACCCUCGCUAGCUGGUUUCCGGUGUUUAGCUGCUCUCUUUCGUUCCCUGGAUACCAAUUUCAUAACUCUGCUCAACCAAGAGUCAGCUCCGGGUGCAGUUCCUGUUAAUUCGUUUGACGAAGCCGAGUCAGCCAUCAACGCGGCGUUGAACCAUACGUCUCCAUCUGACCUUCUCCCGACGCAAAAGGCUAAUCUCAGGGUCACGCAACUCUGGCUCCGCAUUGUGCUCUGGCAGUUACGGUUGCGCUUGGGUCAUCUCUCGGAGCAGAAUAUGCGGAGUAGCCGCACUUAUCACUAUCCACUAGACGUAGCAAAGGAUUUAGCACUUUCCACCCGCGAUUUACCUGUGCACAGCAUCCAGGUACAUGGAGUAGGUAUAACGGAGAAGCUGUUCGAUAUAUCCUGCGCUGUGGUUAACGUCCUCGCACGCGUACCCAUACAGAUGACGAGGACGGCGGCAGAAGACGACCUAAAGUAUCUAAGACGGCUAAUCCUGCAACUUCCUGGCGGUGCAACAGUCUACGACGCUUUGCUUUUAAAACAUAUUCAACAGACGUUACCCACAAUGGCAGCCGGGAUAGAAAUAUAGCUACCUUGACCGAGUUUGCAUCACACGAGUCCCCAGAUGAGAUGGAGCAAGAAAUCCGAAUCUUGGAGAGCUGCACUCUUGACGGCGCUGAAAUUUAAAAGGCGCUACAUACUUUCUGUUGACAUAUUAACUAUGAUACACUGGGUGUUUAUUUAAUGUAAACCAGCAUCUGCAGUUAUG